ACAACAGCAUAUUUACAACAAGAUGGCAGCUCCCAGCGGUGUCAAGCGGUGUCGAAUAGGUCCAUCAAUUCUUAACUCGGAUCUGUCUGAUUUAGCGUCGGAAUGUCAACGAAUGAUGGACAGUGGUGCGGACUACUUACACCUAGACGUCAUGGACGGGCAGUUCGUCCCCAACUUAACAUUUGGUCACCCGGUUGUUAAAUGUCUUCGACCCAAACUUCCCGGAGUCUUAUUUGAUAUGCACAUGAUGGUACAAAACCCAGAACAGUGGGUACAGAACAUGGCAGAUGCUGGGGCAAAUCAGUAUACUUUUCAUUAUGAAGCUACAGAUGACCCCACUGGGUGUAUAAGGAAGAUUAGGGAAGCUGGGAUGAAGGUUGGUAUUGGUGUGAAACCAAAAACAGCUGUUGAUGUGCUGGUGCCUCUUAUAGAUCUGGUGGAUAUGGUUCUUAUCAUGACUGUGGAACCAGGAUUUGGAGGUCAAAAAUUUAUGACAGACAUGAUGCCAAAGGUGUCUUUUCUACGAGAGAGAUACAGUGACCUAGAAAUUGAGGUAGAUGGGGGUGUAGGACCAUCAACCAUUCAGCACUGUGCAGAUGCGGGGGCUACAAUGAUUGUAUCAGGAAGUGCUGUUAUCAAUAGUGACAAUCCAAAGCAAACCAUAUCUUACAUGAGGGAUAUUGUUAAUCAGUCAAUACAACAGUCUUAGAUAAUGGAUAUUGUGUGCCAUUGAACUGUGACAUUUAUACGCUAGUCGCCGUUUUAUAUGCAGACAUUUUUUUCAAUUUGCUGCAAAUACCAAAGUUGAAUACUGGCUGCACAUGUCAAAUACCACCAGUCCAAACACCUUGAAAGCUGUAUUUGAAGAGAUCUUGAAUUCAGAAUAGCCGAAUGCAGAUUUGGCUGUUUCUUCCAAAUCUUGGGAUAUGUAUGAAAAAGAUGUUUUCUUGUCUGUUUGUUUGUACGAGGGCAUUGAUUAUUUCUUCCUGUUGAUACCGAUCGAUGUAAUGAAUCUCGAAACUGUAGAAGAUUUUUUUUAUAUUGAUUAUACAUGUAAUAAUCCAUUGAUGAUAAAACUGACAGAGUUGAAUAUGAUGUGAAUUGCCAUGUCAUUGAUAGGUUACUAGGUAAAUAUAUACAAUGUUAUAAAACAUGUUUCUUUUUUACACAUGGUAUACGUGUAACAAAAUAUAUGUAUAUUUUAUACCCAGAAUUGAGGUCCCAUCUUCUGUAUAUAAAGCUUGUUAAACAAACAGAUAUUAUUAUUGUUUGCAAGUUAAUGACUUAUGUGGGUAUAAAUGUUAAAUAUGAA